GUGCUUGAGGAAACCGGACGCUCUUUUGGCAGUGUUGGAGGCAUACUUGUGGGAGAGUGCAUCGUACCUAGGUUUGGAAGCUCAUCAUGGAGAAUAAUACUACAGAACCGUAUCGCGACUCUCCGGCACGAGCUCGAAGGACAUCGUCUACCCACCAAGCAUCACCCAGCUCCUCAGACUCCUCAGCAACAAUAAAACCGCUGUCCGCGACGCCUCCUCCCUACGCAGACGAAGAGCCCUACCACGACGACCCCCCAACACCAACAGAAGCAACACCCUCGACGCGUCAAACCACUUCACCAACACACCAACGGCAGUCACGACGCAGUCCAGCGUACCAACCAUACACAGACUCACCACCCCACACCCCAGAUGCCGACGACGUCCCUCUCGCUCUCCUCGUCUCCCACACGUACACGCAGUCAACGGAAAUAUCUCACCAAUCCGACGAUGCCUUCUACCCAGCCGACGCACCACCACCAUACGCAAUCGCAGUCCGGCAGUCGUACCGCGACACGCUCGUCCAGUACAUACCCCGCGGCCAGCAUGCGUCCCGCGAGGAAGACGAGGAGAGUCAACUCGGGGCUGAUGUAGCCAGGCCGGAUGAUGUAAGGCACUCGGUUGAGAACAUUGUCGCGAUGUUCGUGGUUGCGAUACUGCUGCUGGUUCUAUCGGGCGUGCUAGCUUGGCUGGCUUUCGGGAGUGGGCUGGUGGGAUGAUUCGGGAUACAGGAAUGGGGCUGAUAUGAUACACACGUGAGCAUUCUACGCGACUUUUGGAUAGGGUGGGCACUUGUUGGCGUUUUACGUUGGAUACGGUGGAUACAUUGGUACAUUGGAUAUAUUGGAUGGUCGCAUCUUGGAAGGCAU